AUGGAUGCGCCAGAACUUGCCUGUCCUACCUCGCCUGCCAGGGACCAGCCGGCACCUGCUUCUGGCCCCCCAGGGGCCCCGGGUGGGCAGGCAUCGCCUCACUUGACCCUGGGCCCCGUCAUCCUGCCUCGGGAGCAGGGCCUAGCCCCCACCGUGUUCCUGAAGGCCCUGCCCAUCCCGCUGUACCACACAGUGCCUCCGGGAGGGCUCCAGCCACGUGCUCCCCUCGUGACAGGCAGCCUGGACGGGGGCAGCCUGCCCUUCGUUCUCAGCCCCCUGCUGCAGCCUGAAGGGCUUGGUCCCACCCGAGCCGGGAAGCCGGUGGCCCCGGGGCUCACGGUGAACAUAGUGAGCGCUCUGCCCAUCCUGUCACCGGGCCUGGGGCCCACUCUGAGCAGCCCAGGCAAGGUGCGCAACGCUGGUAGGUACCUGUGCCCACACUGCGGCCGGGACUGCCUGAAGCCCAGCGUACUGGAGAAGCACAUUCGCUCCCACACCGGGGAGCGGCCAUUCCCCUGCGCCACCUGCGGCAUCGCCUUUAAGACCCAGAGCAACUUAUACAAGCACAGAAGGACCCAGACACACCUCAACAACUCCAGACUCUCCUCGGAGUCCGACGGUGGCGGGAGCAGCCUCCUGGAGGAAGGCGACAAGGCCGCUGAGCCCACUGGGGCCGACAGGGCACCAUCACAGAGACCCCUUUCUCCCGGUACCCACGCCGCUGGGCACCGCCCGGUGCCCACCACGCAUGUGUCCCUGGUUGCCAAGAACCUGGACCGGAAGUUGGACGCUGUUCCCUGCCGGGGGUCCACGUUUGAUGUCAAGGAGGCCCCUGUAGACUCUGCUCCCGGGCUCCCGCUGGCCAGCCCGCAGUCGAGGUGGAAGUUGCCAGAGCCUUGGUCCCCGACGGCCAGUAGGCCGAGCUCAGUGCUGCAGCAGCAGCAGCAGCAGCAGGUGGAGAAGCCUGGGGACGCUAGACCCUCGGAGGGCCGGCUGCGGAAGUGUGAGAGCACCGACUCGGGCUACCUGUCCCGUUCGGACAGCGCUGAACAGCCGCCAGCCGCCGGCAGCCCCCUGCACAGCCUGUCGGAGCACAGCGCCGAGUCCGAGGGUGAGGGCGGCCCCGGGCCCGGGCGCGCGGAGCGGGCGGCCGGCCUGGAGCUGGAAAAGAGGCGGCUGGAGGAACGCAUCGCCAGGCUCAUCUCGCACAACCAGGCCGUGGUGGACGACCCCCAGUUGGCCCACGUGCGGCCCCGCAAAACGGUCCUGUCCAAGCAGGGCAGCAUUGACCUGCCCAUGCCUUAUACUUACAAGGACUCCUUCCACUUCGACCUGCGGCCGCCGGGACCCGGGAGGCUGCCGGCUGCCCUGCGUGCCGCGCGCUCCACCUGCGCGCCCCCGGACAGGGCGCGCCCCCUCUUCUUCCACUCGGUCCCCACGCAGCUCUCCACCGGCACCGAAUGCGUGCCAGUCACCAGGAGCAACUCGCUGCCCUUCGUCGAGGGCACCGGGACUUGGCCAGAGCCGCCGGAACCCCGGGAUGCCUGGCCCCGGAGGCAGAAACCUCUGAGCCCCAGGCCCACCUCCGCGCGCCCGGCCGAUGCCCCUGGCGGGCACCCUCGGGCCCUGGUCAGACAGGCGGCGGUCGAGGACCUGCCGUGCCCCCUGACCACGGAUGCCCCGGCCCCCACGGAGGACCCAGAGGGAAAGAGACCAGCUGCUGAGGAGGGGUCUGCCAGCAAGGGCCAGGCAGCUGCUAAGAAACGCGGCCAGAGGAAGCUGAAGAUGUUCUCACAGGAGAAGUGGCAAGUAUACGGGAAGGACACGUUUAAGAGCAUCUACCAGAGAGGGAAAGCCAGCCACCAUGGAGGCAGGAAGGCUACCGAGGGGACAGUGGGCGGUGGGGCGGCGCUGGAGUGUCCUCCCCAGCAAGAGGCCGCGGGUGGUGGGGACACUGUUGUGGGGGACAAUCCGGGGCCGUGGGCAAGUCCACCAGUCCUGGCAGGCCUCUUGGUGACUGAGCCCCACAAGCAGAAGGAGACUGUGGCCGGAACAGGAGGCCCUGACCAGCUGGGCUCUAACAGGGCCGCCUCACCCCCCGCCCUCAGCAGUGGAGAAGCCCUCUGCUUGGGCAGCAAGAGCCCUCUGCUUCCUCCGCACGAGGGCCCGGAGCUGGGGUGUCAGCAGCUCCCAGCACCUGGUCCCCCCAAAGGGGGUGACCUAGAGGCUCCCGGGCCAGACUCGAAGCUGGACGGUGGCACCUGCCGUGGUGAGGGCACCAGGGAGACCUGUCAGCAGGCCCAUGUGACCCCAAGAGGGCCUGGCGGGAGCUCAGGAGAGCCCAAGCCCCCGGAGGACAAGCUCCCCUCAGAGAGGAAGAAGCUGAAGGUGGAGGAGCUAAGCUGCCAGGAGCUCCUGGGAGCAGGAGGAGAGACUCCCGGUGGCCCCAUGCAGACUGCCUCACCACCACCUCAGAACCAGGACACUGACGCUGGGGAAAAGCCAGGGGGUCUGCCUGGAAGUGGCAACCGCACAGAAAGGGUCAUGUCUGGGGCCCUGAAGUGGGAGGGUCCUCAAGACACGGAGCCUCCACCACGUCCCCCUGGGUGUUCCUCCCAGCUGGCCUCCCACCCUCCAGCUCCUCACACCCUCACUGGCCCGGUGGACAUGGCCUUUCCUCCCCAGUACCUCCUCAGGUUUCCCCAGCGAGACACCCGUCCCCUGUCGCCUGUCCCCCAGAAGCCAGACCAAGGUCAGGACUCCAUCUGCAAGAGAGGGGGGCCUGAGGUACAGACAUCUUUUGCAGAGUCAGGGCAGGGGGCCCUCCUGCCUCCCUGUCCUAUCUCAGGCCAGGUCCCAGCUGGAGAAGACAGCUGCUGGGAACACCCCAGCUGGUCCAGGCCGUGUGACCAGAAAAAGGGAGUACAGAGAGAGGAUAGGGGCGGCUUGAAGGCUGGCAUCCCAACAGCCAGGGCUCUCAAGGAGCCGGCCUCCUUCUUACCUGCCCCAAUGUGUGACUCUUGGAGGAGUGGGGCCCAUGACACCCAGGAAAUCUGCAGGAGCAACACUGUGGCGAAGGCCGGGCCCUCUGGGGGUGUCCUCAAUUCCUGGGAACACACUGGGGAGCUGGGGGCGCCUUCUGAGAGUGCCACUCAAGCCCCUCCUUUGGGGUCUCUAGCGGAGCUUCAUCCCUGCUGCUCCCACCAGCAUGGCUCCUCUCUCUCAGCCAGCAUGGCCCCCCACUGGCCUGAGUUGGCCUUGUGCACCAGUGCAGAGCCUGCCAGGAGCCACGGGGUCCAGGGCCCUUUUCCAUCGCUGAGGGCCGAGCCCCGGCUCACGUGGUGUUGCCUGAGCCGCAGCCUCCCCCUGCCAAUGGAGCAGAAGGAGAAGGAUGCUUCUGUGUACUUGGGCUUACAUUUGCCUGGAGGUGGCCUCCAGGGUGAGGGUCUGGACGCCUGGCUGGUGAGCAAAACAGUGUCUGGAGCAUGGACCAAGAUACGCCCUGGAGAUGGAGGGCAGAUGCAGAUGUCGAAGCUCUCUGACCCAACAGCCCGAGGGAUGCUGUCCCGGGACCGGAUGUCUGAGCCAGAGUGGAAGAAACGACGGUCUCAUAGAAGAGUGAAGAUACCUCGUGGGAGCAGCAGGUGGAAACAUCUGAGCACCCACUCUAAAAGGUACAGAGGGAAUUUCUUGCAGAGCCGUGUCCAGCUGAGAGUCAUUAGACUGCGGAAGCCACACUGGGUUCUGAGAAAAGAUGGCCACCCACCCCGAGACAAGGGGCUGGACCCCCAUAGGACUCAAGGGCAGGCUUCUUCAGAGAUGGCAGGUCUCAAUCUGUCAGGGGAGCCCUCUUGUGUCACCUCAGAAUCAUCUGUUUGCAUUGAGAACAGAGAGCAGGAGAAGGAGGAGAGCGGACACGUCUCCAGGAGUUUCUGUUCUAACACAAGCUUAAGAACCCUAGGGGACACAGACAGACCGAUCGCAAAGGAGAUUUCAUCUGUUGGUGAGCAUGGGGCUGGUUGUUCUCUAAUCACGGAGGUGGGGUCAGGUUUAUCUCUGUCAUCUGACUCCCUCGGGGCUAAUGACAGACUUCCAGCCUGCAGCAAAGGUCUCGACAUGGGAUCAUUGGAGACUCACCUGCUGUCCUCCCAGCAGCACAUCUCAACAGACCCCACACCAGGAGUUUUCUCAGAUGCUCAAGAGCCUUCUUCCUUUGUGUCCAAAGGAACCUCUCUCGGCCAUGACCUUGCUACCUCUGCAGCUGCCGUCUGUCCUUCCCUGGGGGCAAGAGCAGGCCAUACAACCCUGGGAAUUCACAGUGUGGAACCACAAGACCACAGCCAGGGUGAAGAGGAGACUCUCACACAAAGCUCUCCAGACAGAAAAACGAUAGCAGAGGGCAUGUCCCCAAACCUUUUGCCAGGGAACCCUUCAUCUGGGCAGAGAAUUUCAGGUUCAGUUACACCGGGGUCCACUGGAAAAAUUCAUCUUGAAAUACCAGCUUUAGGACCAGGUUCAGCUAGUUCACACCAAGAGGAAGGGAAACACAAGUCAUGUUUUCCUUCUGGGGGGCAAUGUGGGUGUAGGGAAGGGCUGGUCCCCUGCCCUCUGGUAGGACCUGACAAUGGGAAAUGUCAAGGAACUGGAUUCAUGGCUCUAAAGGAUGAUGCCGUCCCUUCUAAGCCAGGGCUGCCCACAGAGAUCCCUGCAGCCUCUUUGAAAACCCUCAGGAAGAGAAGUUUGGAAGGAAUGAGAAAGCAAACUCAUGUGGAGUCCAGCGACACCAGCAGCGAUGAUGAAGAUCGGUUAGUGAUAGAAAUCUGA